AUGGGAAGAGUACUACUGAGAAAGAGGCUGCUCCUCUUUUUGUUCCUUUUACUGUACAUAACAAACAUAGAUGAGGAUAAUUUUCUGAAAGAAUGCGAGAAAGGAUUGUGUGUAAGAGUAUAUGAGGGAGGAACAAAUAACAAUUACAACAGUAAUAACUAUAACGACAAUAAUUAUAACAAUUACAUCAAUAAUAACUAUAACGACAAUAAUUAUAACGACAAUAAUUAUAACAGUAAUAAUUAUAACGACAAUAAUUAUAACAGUAAUAAUUAUAACAAUAAUUAUAAUAGUAAGAUCUAUUAUGCUUUUUUAUUAGUACAAUAUGUUAAAGAGAUGAAGGUACACGUUAUCAAUCUGCUAUUAAGGGGAGCAAACAUAAGCCCGAUUUUUGUAUCAUCUAAAGUAAUAUAUGGACUGUAUAAUGAUAGAAAUUAUAGCAAAAUUUCAAAUUUCUGUUACACGAAAAAUUUACAGAAAAAUGGAAUUGUAAAAUUGUCUAACCUUUUUGUGCCUAACACAAAAUUUCUUAUACUAGACAAAACAGAUGAUGAAAUAUAUAAUUAUGCACAAAAUAGAAAAGGGAAACACUGCGCAGAUUUGGAAAAGGAAGCAUUGUUUAUGCAUUCUUUUAAUGAUGUAUCACCUGAGUAUCUUAAAACAUCCUAUUUUGUAUAUGAAAAAGAUAUAAAUAAUAAAUUAACGGAAAAAAAUUUAAAUUUUAUUCUACUUAAUUGUGGAAAGAAAUAUAAAAAUGCGUUCAAGAUUGAGUUCAGAAAUAAUAUGAACUUUUUGAAGGAUCAAUUUUCUUGUGAAGACCAAGAGAUAUACAUGCUAUUGAUGGUUAUAUUAAGCUUCUUAUUUUUGGUUUACUAUCGAAAAAGAGAAGUGUUAAGAAGAGGAAAUAAUGCAUUAAUAGAAUCCGUCCAUUGUGCAAUAUUAUUUUUUUUUUUUUCUAAUAUUCUUUACUUUGUUCAUAUAAUUUCUUAUGCAUUCAAUGGGUCAGGCUUUAGUGUUCUCAAGGUAUUGAGCCAAAUAUAUGAAUCAAUAUUUGAUUGUUUUGUUAUUUCAAUACUUUGUUAUAUAUUAAAUAGAAGAAAUAAUAAAGCGAAAAGUGUUGACACAUACAGGACAUCGCUUAUAUAUGCAGUAUUAAAAUUUUUAUACACUUUAUCUGAAAUACAAAAUCAUCAGAAUUUAAAUUUAUACUCCUCGAUGCACUCAGUUAUAGCACUUCCAUUCGUUCUUCAUCGAAUAUUCAUUGCAGUGCUAAUCUAUAACAACAGCAAGAAUCUUUUGAAGGAAAAAAAGAAUAUGGAUGAGAAGCUCUUCAUCAUUUUUGAUACCUUAUUGUACAAUUCGUGGAUAUUAUCAAUUCCUGUCCUUUAUUUUUUUAUGAAAAAUUUUUCAGUGCACUUUACUCAUUUGUUCAUACAUUUCGUUAACCUUUCUAUUUUAAUAUAUUUAGUAUACAAUAUCUCAGGAAAGAAAUAUGAACAGUUAGAAUCAAAGUAUCCAUACAUAGACUUACAGUAA